CUGCCACUCAUUACCACCAUGUCAAAAAAUAGUAGGAAAAAGGAAGAACGCAAAGUUCGCUCGUCGGACUUUGCCAUGUACCAAACUGCGGAAUCCAGACCUACUGGACUGCAUCACAUCUUCGAUGCAUUCAGACAAGAUGCCGAAAAUCUCAACACAGAGCAGUCAUCAUCGUCAGCCAGGAGUGAUGACGCUGCAAUGUCUGGGCAGAAUGAACAUUACGCAAUACUUAGAGCGUUGGACAAAUUGACCAAGAAGGAUACUACAACCAAACUGAAGGCAAUCGAUCAAUUAUUGGCAGCACUAGAAACUGUAACCAUAGAUGUAUUGGAGAAACUAAUGCCAGAUUUUAUACACGUGUUCCUUAGGCUGGCGAUAGUAGAGCCAGCAAGGAAAAUAAGACUUCAUCUUGGCCAUGUGUUGUCUAAAAUGGCAUCCAUUCUGAAAAAGAGAAUGCAGUUAUACAUGGACAACUUAAUAACACACUGGUGGGUAGCAAUACAUGAUGAGGCGUCCGAUGUUGCAGAAGUGUACAACGAAGCAUUCAGCAAUCUUUUUGCCUCCACAGGAACUACGGGGGACGAUAUAGAUAUAAAGACGUUCAGAGUACUUACACAUUAUAUCGAAAGGAUAGUGAAAAAGAGUUUAUCUAUGCUGAAAAAGGAUGUAGCAGAGUAUAAAAAAGAUUGGCUAGAUGUUUUUGGAAGAGUUUGUGACAACUGCGCCACUAUAUCAGAUAUGCAUAACAGACUCAUGUGUUCGGUGAUGAGAGCGCUCAUGAAAAUUAUGAUUUAUCAACGUGUACAUACCGCAGAAUCGGUAAGGAACACAACAUUUGUAUCAGUGUUCAUCAACACAGAGUUCGUGGAACUCGUGGGAUACCUAUGUGGCACUGGAGCCAUCAAACAAAGAUAUGCCAGCACGUGCUUUCUGGUUGAGUUCGUUAAGGUACUGCAGCCAGAACACCUAGAAACAGCUAAGAAAGUGUUCAGUAUAGCGAAACAGAGGCUAUCUGGCACGGAAGAUCCGAAAAUUACAUUUCACCUUGUAAGAAUGUUAUGUGCCUGUUCAAGGUAUAAUAGCGCGUGUUGGGACGAAGAGUCCCUUAAGAAUUAUGUGUCAUUCGUGCAAAGUAUAUUGGAAAACUACAAAGGCGAUUUUGCAUUGCACGCAGAGUUUUACUCAGUGUUCCCAUGUAUGGUAUCGUACCUACCACCGGAGUGGCUCCAGUCGCCAGUGGGAUUUGAUGCAGUAUUCCAGGUGACGACUACGCUGUUGAAACUGAUGCAAGAAAAGCUAGAUAACGAUUAUGAGAAGUCGUUCGGCUUCGACGUAAAGGAGUUCAGCCAAAUGGGAAGUAGUAUGCUGUAUUGCUACUACCGAAUACUUCUGCUACUGCAUUGCAGCUGCGAGGAUUUAGUGGAGCAUAUAUUCGCACCUAUACUGAAAUUAAACGGUGGAAAUACACCGCAUGAACAGCAUUUCCUAUCGCACAUGCCACGAAUCUUCACAGAGUUCAUCGAGGAGUCCGUGGUAUUACGGACUCCAGGGGCAUAUGAAGUACUAUUGCACAAACUGCAAGAAAUAUACGGUAAUAAUACAAACUACGUAUUGAUGGCACAGAUAUUCAAUUCUCUGGCAAAUGUUAACGACUCAGUGGAUCAACACGAAAUGAUACGGACUUUUGCCCAGGGCGUACAGCAGCAACUGAAACACCAUAUCAUGGACAAAGUACUCCCGGAACUGCUACAGGGCUACGUUGUAUCUCCCUCCGACGACAAGUUGCAAUUACGUAUUGACAUAAUUCUGGGACUACUCGCAGAGACUGAAGUGAUUGGCCAGGAUUCCGCGCUGUUAGGUGUUACGAGGACGAUGAUUAACCAUUCGUACACUGAUACAAAAGAGUUUAACAAGGCAUUCCAGACGCUAAAGAAGGUGUUAGAAAAACUACCAUCAGUUCUAGAAGACCCAGAGCUGUACUAUACCGAGUCAUAUGAUGAAAAAUGCAUACUUCUGGUUUCGUUAGUGGCAUUGCAAAACUGCGAGUCGAAUGAACAAGCAGUUAGAAUAGUGAACAAAGUUUGCAGCAAACAGAUGCAGCUGGAUGAAGAAACCGCUAUGAUGGUAUUCCUACCCUUUAUAAAUGAAUGUCAACGGUUCGCCCCGGUACUGUCGGAUAACAUGCUGUUGUGGCUCUCGAACCCGACCCAUUUCAGCGAAGUAUUAUUCGAGCCAGUAUUUAACCUAGUGGACCCGGAACAUGUGAAUAAAGAGCGCCGUAUGCUUUACGACAUGUUUUACGCCAUGCAAGUGAUUUUCAUCAAACAUCCAACCAGAAAAUGGCACAUUGGAUCAACAAACAUGGUAAAUGAUCUAGUGUCCCUCUACCUCGUGGGAUACUAUACAAAUAUAUGGUUCACACUAGAUACUUUCUACGAAUUUAUACAAAAUCUGCUGCCACAGUGGCAAGAAGCUAGAAAUGCCCUUGAAACUAGUGUAAUACGUGAAUUUUUGCAACAUAUACAACAAAGGAUGCCACGAAAUGAAGAUUUCGUUACUAGAAGAUAUGAAAAUUUCGAUGUAAAGGAUCUUGUGUACGCAAUGAUGGAGAUACAACGCGAUCCUUGCAAAUGUACGGAGUCUAUAGCAAGGACCUUAGCCACACUGGAAUCGCAUAAUAACCUGGAUAUUGCAAAUAUAUACCAUAGGAAUGCCGUUUUGUUUUCAACGUUAUGGUUGGAGAAUUGUGAAACUAUACUGUAUCCGUUUCUGGCAACAGGUAACCAAAAUACAGAUACACAACACAGUGAUGUUGACACUGAAAAAGAUAUCUUAUCAUUGAAAAAGUAUUUCAUGGAUGUAUACGUGAGCACUUUAAUACACAGCGGAUUUACUGUUAGUGCUUUUGGGGAGUUGUGCAAGAAACUUGGUGGUAACCAAGAUUUCUCAUACAUAUUUGCAGUAUCGUUCGUCAAUUGCAUAACCCAGUUUAAUUUUACAUCCAAGGCAUUAUUAGAAGAAAAGAUACGUAUACUAAAGAUAUACACCUCUCAAGGGAAUACUAUGGAUAUAUAUAAAAUGCUAAAGAAACAUUACAUGAAUAACCCGUUUAUGGGCGGAUUCAUUUCAGCAUUGGAUGUUAACCCGGAAGAGUAUGUCAAACGUAUUGAUUCAGUGACAAACAUGAUCAUGGAAUCGACUGAUAGUGAUGCUGUGGUACUAACAAAUUGCUUGUUCGAGUUGGGGUAUCUCCUGGACUGUGUUUGCAGCGGUGAAUCUGAAAUCCAGAUUGUAGAAUACAGUGCCCGCAUGGAGUCACUGUGUCAUCUAGUGGACCGAAAGUUAACACAACUAACCCCUAACUAUCCGUCAAUCACAUGCUGGAUGCACUAUGCUGCCAUGUAUUUCUGGAAGACCUGCGUAGUUAUUAACAAGGUGGCUCCCAUAGAGUCAUUGACAAUGUGGAUCAAUACCUGGUCCAUGGAAGUAACGCAUAUGUGCUACCAAGAGAUGUACAAAGGCAACCAACUAGCUAUCACGUUGUUUGCCAAUAUGGUAAUAUUCGAGACGUCCCAGGCGUUAUUGGACCUCCAAGAACUAAGGCAACGACCAAAUCCCAAUGAGUUCUCAAAGGAGAAUUUAGACGAAUACAUACAAGUUAUCGGAGCACUGUUGCAUGAGAAACGAGGUGGAACCUCGGAUAAUAUAUCGCAAAGACUAGAUACCCAUUACCUAUUGGUUAUGCUAGUGGAAGCCAUACACAUCGUGGAGUCAUAUAGAGACUCUGAAUGCACAAUGGAUUUAGUUGGCACAUUAAAGGAUGCGACCUAUGGGUUCUUGCAAUAUAUAUCUAGCAGUGAUGUGUGCUACAUCUAUGCAACGUCAUUUAUAUCGCAAUUGUGGCAUGUUAAGUUCUUGCUAAGUGGCAUAGCUAAACAUGGAGGUGUGCUGUGCAACGUAAAUCUGGAUAGAAAUGCAAUACACCUAAAUAUACCAUCCGGAGUUGUAUCAAAGUGCUUCGAGGAGCUAUGUACACAUUUGGAUAAAAAGCAGAAUGUAACCAUUGAUAUGGCAAAGUUAAUGUUCGAACUUUCGCAGGAUUUUGAAAAGGAGUACACAGAUGAUGAACCUGAAGAACUUCCAAGCCCAUUGACAUAUGAAACUAGUGUAAGAAGAGGUAGAAGUGUUAUAUCAUUCUGCCUCAAUCUUAUCCUUGGGCCAUAUAUCACAAAAAUAGUGUAUAAGACAUAUGAAGUACUGCUGGAGUCAUCGGAACACCAGGACCUUGAACUUUGUCUAACAACAUGGAUGAGCAUAUUCGUUAUGUUACAUGAAAUGACAGAAGCAAAGAUGCUGGCCCUGAAGAAUGUAGUUAUGAAACUGUUCAAAACAAGACCAUUAGAUGCCGGAGGGGAAAUGUACAACACAUUGGUAGCAUAUCUUGCAACGCAACACGAUACUACAACCGAGUGUAUAGAUGCAUGGUGGGUAAAGGAAAACCGCGAUAUACCAGAAUAUACUGAUGAACCUAUAUUACAUGUGCUACUCCAGGUACUAAUGCUGUGUCUAGGCAACUUGCCAGUUAAGGCAGAGCAGAACAUGAACCUAGUAAAGGAAUUGUUUUAUAGAAUGGCCAAAACAUUCCCAGAGGAAGUGAAUCAAGUGUGGAACGUAUGCAAAAGCUCGUAUAUCAAGAAACAAAUACGAGAGUUUACAAAGGCCGAAAUCACGCAAAAACUUAUCGCCGAUGAACUCAGGAUGGCAAAAUACGAUACCUCAACAACUAUCAGAAUAACGCACGAUGCAGAUUAUCGCAACGUGUCGGCAUCCCUCGACACUAAAGCCGAAGUAUCAAUCAACCUUGCAGUGAAGAUACCAUCGGCAUUCCCAUUGGAACCGCUGUCAUUCGUCUCAAGUGAUGAAGCCGGGACAUUUAAAAACAAACACCUGAGAUGGCUGAUGAUGGCACAAAGCACCGCGAAUCGUGAAGGACUGUUCCAGGGAUUACUGCUAUGGAGCGACAACAUCACCAAGUUCUUUGAUGGUAUAGAAGAAUGUCCUAUAUGCUAUUCUAUCGUACACCUACAGUUCAACACGAUACCAGGAAAAGUGUGUAAAGUGUGCAAACACAAAUUCCAUACGGAAUGCCUAUACAAGUGGUUCCGCAACGCGCCUAAAGCCAAGUGCCCACUUUGUCAGUCGCUCCUUUCGUUUAACACAAGUAGUUAAAC